GGGAUGGAAAAAAAUCGCCAACUACGCCAACUACGAUUUACUAUCGUUGCAUCAUUGAUUGUAACGGUAGGAUUUACUUCGUCGUGUUGUUUCGCUUGUGUUGGGUUCUGCGGUUAGUGUGAGCAUUGAUGUGCAGCUUCCGCGAGAACUACAGUGUGCCUUUUGUAUUGUGUGUACUACCUUCAUGCACUCGGAUAUCCUCGUUGACGAAGUGUGCGCGUGAACGUCGGUGGUCGUGCGUCGUUUGAGGGCUACGGACGAGGGCACGAGGGUCGGUGAGAGCUCGGCACGCUUUCGGAAAGUUAUGUCAAUGCCAUUCUCUACCUCUCACCUCGUUCCUCCGUCAGAAAUUUCCGCGAAUGACAGUUAUUUCUUGCCCAAAACCUAACUCUCGCGACAAACCGUCGCAUCCCAUUCACUAUCGUUCGAUUAUUUUUGUUUUUCCUUUGGGUAAUUGGGCGGUUUGGGCUGUACGCAAUUUCGUCAUCGGAGUAUCUUGUCUCGAAGGGCAUCCGACGACUGAUCUUUGCCGUCCGUCGAGCGAACCAAAAACACGGACCGAACAACGGCAAACAUGUCAGCGGACGCUAAGAACGUGGUCGGAGCCGACGACGACGAGAGCAUGGAGUCCGUCGAGCGCAACUUGGUCGUCGACCACGAGUUCGCCACCGAGUCCAGCGCGGAGACUGUCGUCGAAAACCCGCUCGAAACCCAACCGGAGACCUCGUGGAACCAGCUCUACUACGGCGACGAUACCGUCGACGGCACGCCGCUCGACGAUUGUACUCCGACCAGAAAGCGCGGCGGCGGCGUCGACGGGAGUCGAAGCGCCGACGACACCGCUGCGGCGGGGGAUCGGAGCGCGUCGGAGGACCACGGCUCGACGUCGGACGCCUCCAAGCGCGGCGGGGCGAACGCGCCGGCCGAAAACUCUCAACACGGGGACGAGGAUUCGGCGGGUGCGAGGCGGUGGUGUAGCGAGACAUCCAACGACAAAUCGGACGCGGACAGCUCCGGCACUGGCAGCACCAGCCGUCGGAGGCGUUCCCGUCUCGCUCCCGUGUACGCGCCUGGCACGCGAGUCGAAGCGAGGGACUUCCAGCAGCUGCAGUGGUACCCGGCCAAGGUGGUGACCUUGGACGAGGGUGAGGAGGAGGUGCUGGUGCACUUUGAGGGCUGGAGCUCCCGGUAUGACGAGUGGCUCCCCCUGGACAGCCCCCGGCUGCGGCCGGCCACGCACCCCCACACCCGCAAGGAGCAGCUCAAGAAGCAGGCGCCCAGGAAGCCCGAGUACAAGAAAGGUGAAGAGGUCCUGGCUCGUUGGGGAGACCGGAAGACAUAUCCAGCCAAGGUGCUAGAAGUCAACGAAGAAGGCACAUACUGCGUGCUGUUCUUUGACGGCAUUGUGAAGACGCUCAAGGCCAUCAACGUGGAGAAGAUGCCGCAGGAGCAAAAGGGCAGCGUGGUCUUCCCGAAGGUGACGCGCCGCGACUCAGAAAGUCGGAGGAACCGGGACGGAGGGUCGCAGGGCAAGUCCAGGAGGUCCUCGCAGGAGUCGAGGAAGCCGGCGUCGCAGCACGAGACCCGGAAGGGGGCCGCAUCCCCCUCGACCCCCGACCCCAGGAGGCCCCACCCGGAGAGGGCCCACAAGCAGAGGGCAGAGGGCAGGAAGGCCGACAGGAGAGAUGCAAGUACCUCUCCGGCCCCAAGCAGCUCGAGCUCGUCGUCCCAGUCGAGGAAGAGGAUCCUCCUGAUUGGGGGCAAGUUCAUGGCCAAGAAGGCCCGCCAGACCGACGCACGGGGAGGCUCCGGGCGCAGCACCGACAAGAAGGCCAAGCGGAGAGCAAGCUCGAGCACCGAAGAGUCUCCGGCAAAAAGGGAGAGGAAGACGUCCGCAACUUUCAAAGACGGUGCGGAGGGAUCAUCGCCUGCCCCGUCCGUACCUGCGUCCGCGGCUUCUCCCCAGGAUGCACCUCUGUCGUACGGUCUUGAACUGUCAACGUCUCCCCAGUUUACACCUGACGGCAGACGAAUCGCCCGCAAGGAGUUCAUCAUCGAGGAGGACCACAACCACUUCAAGUGCACCCACGAGGGCUGCGGCAAGAGCUUCCGCAAGGAGCCUCUGCUGCAGUCGCACCUGAAGCACUACCACGGCCGGAGCCCCCCUUCCCGGCCGUCGGAAACCGAGACUCCGCCUGCCGCGGCGGCUCCUUCGGCGCCUGUUAUCCCCACGGCAAUUCCUCCGGCGGUCCGCCCGUUCGACCUGGGCGAGCCCCCCCGGGUGCCCUUCGUCAAGCUGGAGCCGCCUUCCGAGAACCCCCUGCUUCAGGCGGCCCUGCAGGUGGCAAGGGGGGCUCGGGAAAAUGCACCAGAAGGCUCCUCCGUGGCCGGACACUGUUCUUUGGGCGGGCUGUCCGAGGCCGUGCCUGCAGUCGUGCCUGCGACUGCGCCUGCAACUGUGCCUGCGACCAUGCCUGCAGCCGCACCUGCACCUGCGCCCGCAGCCACACCUGCGCCCGCACCUGCGCCUGCGGCGGUCGAGGAGAAGCAUCCAGAAGCACCCGCUCCGGCGCUUUUGGCCAUCGGGGGUCCCGAGCAGCCGCAGGGGCAACUGUCCCCUCAGCCUCCGUCGACCGGUGCCCUCCUGGGCGUGCCGGGGGCGAGCGGGCCCGGCCCUACGCCCGGUGUGCCAACUGACGUAGGUGGCGCGGCUGCCGUUGGCGGUGCGGCUCCCCCCAAGCCCCGGCGGAUGCGCUUCGUGCCCCACUUCAAGACGCUGGUGGAGGGCCGGGAGAAGCGCAAGAUCGCCAAGACGGAGAAGGCCCUGAUCGCAGACAUGGAGGCGGCCGCCCACAAACGGGGCGCGGGGGCCUCUGACCGCAAGCGCAAGAGGACCUCCAGCACCCGCAGCGACAAGUCGGACGAGGGAGGCAGCAGGCGCCCCAAGGACGAGGCGCGCAGGGCCAGGGUCUCCGAGACAGAUGCCGGCUUGGGCCAGAGCAUGGACGGCCUGGACGGGUUCCCUGCGCCCAGCAAGAGCAAGAAGAAGCGCCACUCCAUCACGACCCCCUUCGACCCUUCCCUGUCGCCCUUUUUCGACGCGGCCAGGGACGCCUUUGGCCAGGGAUCCGACGGUCUGACGGCCAGCGAGGGAGACGUGUCGGUGGAAGUCAAGAGUGACGAGGUGGUCCAGUGCGCCUGCAACUGCGUCGAGGAGAGCGGCCUCAUGAUUCAGUGCGAGGCCUGCCUAACCUGGCAGCACGGCUCCUGCUUCGGCAUCGAGGAGGAAAAGAGCGUGCCGGACAGGUACAUCUGCCACCUCUGCCUCGGCCCCAGAGGUGAGGGAGCGAACGCGGACUCUCAGGCCAAGGCGGGAUGCAGCGAGGGGCUUUGCACAGGGGUGCGCGACAGCUUCCGCUACAAGCACGACCAGGACUGGUUCGUGCGUGGCAAGAUGGCGUCCUUCGGCUUCCUGCGGGAGCGCCCCGCGGGCCUGCCGGACCCGGAACCCAUCCGGGCGACCCACGACCUCAUGUGCUCCAUGCACAACGUGCACGCCGUGCUGCGCAGCGUGACCCACAAGCUCAACGUGGCCGGUUCGGAGGACCACCCGGACCUGAGGCACUUUGCCAAGCCGUGGGCGUCUGCGCUGGACUUCCCUCCGCCCCGCGGCCCCGGCGAGGGUCCCGCAAGGCCGGGCCUUGCGGGGUCUGCGUACGACCACGCCUACUUUGCGGCCGAGCGGGAGCCCCCCGACGACCUCGCACGGGGCGCCCCGGACGUCAUUGUCAGCGCGGGGGUGGACGGCGGCGCAGGAGACCUCCUCAUGCAGGACCUGUCUCUGGGUGCCCUGGACGUGGGCUGCAUCGAGGAAGUGGUCAACCGGGGAGAGGAGUUGCCCUCCUUGGACGCCGGAGAGGGGCAGUCUGGCGCCGCCCAGGAGGCUGGCGACGCCAGGACGGGGAGCGCGGGCAAAGGGGAGGAGGAGGAGGACAGGGAGGCCUGCAGGCGCAACCUGCUCGGACACAUCUUCGGCAUGCAGGACCAGCUGGAGCACCGGCUCAGCUGCAUGGAGGAGCAGCUGCAGAUUCUGGAGCAGGACAGCUCCAUCAAUGCUCCGGACCCCACCAUCACCGAGGAGGAGGACAUGCUCCGGCUGAAGCUGUCCCUCAAGGGGCUCAUGAAGGACCUCAACGCUGUGCACAAGCUUGCACUGUUUCGGUGACCGGAGUCUUCACUGCAAGGGCAGCUGAUCUGAAAUCCGUGGUGAUAGUUUGGAGUGUCUUCCACUACGAGGACGGCCGAGCUGAACUCCGUGGUGAUUGUUUCGAGUAUCUGAGUUUUCGCUGCAAGUACAGUUGAUCUGAACCCUGUGAUUCUUUGGAGUGUCUUCUACAUGGAGGCCGUGUCCACCACAUACUGCAUUGCGUGCCGUUAUCACCGGUAACAGUUGGUUUGUUUGACGACUAGUACUGGGGGCAAGUGCUUUGGCAUUGCGUGGGCUAGACGGUAUGUGAACUUCAGCCUGUAUUUGAGAUCAUUGUGCCGUGCUUUACAGUAAACUAGUAGUGUGAUGCAUGAUUUUGACUGAAAUGUGGCUGUGAAUUAGUCCAUUUAUGGCCCUCUUUGGACGUUGGAGUUAAUUACUUUCGUGGGUAUCAAUUCUCUGUUCAGGUUGUUUCAUGAAGUGGGCUUAGUAAAGGUUAGUAGAAUGAGCAACACUGGCACAUACACAUUAGAGGAACAUGGCUUUUGUUUAUGCUUUACCUGGGAACUCCUAUAUUUUCAGUUAAAUCAUGCACCACUUAAGACAGUUCCAAAGCCACUUAAUGUAAUGGACCGAGAAAUGCAUUCAUGCAGUUCAUUUAGAGGGGUGCAGUGAUCCUUUGCGCCUGUGCUGUAGCUGACGGUUUUUUUCCUCUAGGAAUGAGAAUGCAUGACUCGCACUUACCAAAGAGCUUUUAGGGGCGUGUCGAAGUUUCAUGAGACUUUUUUUUGUUGCUGUUUGUGUCCUCAGAAAGAAAAGAUUUAAAACCGAGAGAUUUUGGUAAAACUUGUGUUUGGAGUCAUACUUGCCAACGUGUGCAGAUGGUGGUUGGCGUGAUACGAGCCCUCUACUGUUUGCAGUAGCUUUGGUUACAUAAUGAGUGGUUUUGGGAGCACUGCAGAGGAAGUAGUACAUUCAUUUUGGGUUGGGUGUAAAAUAUUGCCUAUUAUGUUGAUGUAUGUCUCAAAUUCCACAGAGCUACUAUUGUAUAUAGUAUGUAUUCUAGCUUGUAAUAUUUACUUUGUAGUGUGUGAGGCUUGUAUGUUUUUACUACCUGCCACGUUGCUGGUCUAAUAGUUUCUGUUAACAUAACCCUUUCAUUGUCUAGGUACAAAAUUAUUUUUGUUCUAUUGUCUUGUUUCACAUUAUAUGACAGCUCUGCUUUUACUUAAUGGCUGGGCUCAAGAAAUACCUUAUUCUAGCAAUGUUUGCUUCAUUAAAAUACCCAGUUGAGUUUUAUUUUGAAACCUUGUAAACCAAGUUGGCAUCAUCCCUAAAUCAUGUCAUUGCAACCUUCAUCUCCUGUAAUAAAAGCUAUCUUUUUGUUUUUUAA